AACCCUGGCCAACCCCCACCUCCGCCACCACGCCGCGGCAGCCAAACCCUCCACUCCAGGACGGCGACGAUGGCCGCCGCGACGGAGAAGACGGCCGAGGAUAUCCGCCGCGAGCUGCAGGAGCUCCAGCGCCAGCACCGCGAGAUCAGCGAGCGCCUCCGCGACCCCCGCGGCCUUCGCCGUGGCGCGCCCCCCGCAGCUGCAGGGCCCGGCGGGCCCCGCCCACUCCGCGCCUUCCCGAGACCCGCCGUGGAUUUGACGGAGCAGUCUGCACCCAAGCGGAGGAUUCUAUCUGCAGUGGUUAAAGUGGAGGAUACUGAAGCUAAGGAGGAUGUCAAGAAGGAUGCGGAGGCAGAGGGCCCCGAGGGUGUUUCGGCUGCUGUUCAAGGUGGUGAGAGGAGGGAUCCUGGAUUCAGGAGGGACGGAAAUCAGCGCUUGCCGAGGAGGGAGCUUGAUAUGCCAUUGCCAGAGCCUCUCCCAAGAGAGUUCCCCAAGGAUGAGGAUCCAAGCCUUGUGAAGAGGAACAGGAGGAUGCUGGGGAAGCUUCUCGUUGGUACAUUAGAGAAAUUUCAGCAAGAGGACAAAAAACUGUCCAACACAGAGGCUUAUAUGCGCAGAUCAGAGACUCAGCGAAAGGCUGAUCAAAAGGCUCGUGAGGAAAGUGAAAGGUUGCGACAACAAGAGCGAGAACAGGCUGUAGAGAAGCGUAAGCGUGAUAUGAUGCUGCGUGCUCGAGUAGCUGCUAAGGCAGAAGAAAAGAGGUUGGAGCUGUUAUACAUGCAAUGGGCUGAGCAUCACAAAAGGCUAUCCAAUUUCUUAAGGACAAAUGCUGAACCACCAAUUUACUACAUGCCAGCUAAACCAAUAAUUGAUGAUCCGGCUAUUGCUGAGGAGAACAAGGAAAAGGCAUUUGAAGAAUGGAAAUCUGUACGCAGGGCUGAACUGACUCAGUUUCAAAAGCAAGUCGAAGAACAGUAUAUGUCUAACGUUGAGAGGCAGUUGGAAAGGAUGCAGAAUGCGCGGAAUGCACGGAGGGGUAAUGGUCCUGCAAACAUGCAAGAAAUGGAUAAGGAACUGGACACGCAUAGGGCAGAGCACGGUCCAAAGACUCGACGGGUUCCUGAGGAUGGCAAUGACGAUGAAGAGGAUGUUGAGGACAUGGCCGCGGAAGAUGAGCUGAUGGAUGAUGAAGUCCUUGGCGUUAACGAGCCAAUCAACGAGGACCCAACCAAGUUGUCUGAAGAAGCUGCAGAUGGUGCUCCGGUGACUGAGGAGGCGCAGUAGGCAGCAUUUUUGUAUUGUUUGAGAGUCAGAUUGUUGCGGGAUGUAUUGACGUUGAGCGAUAUACUCUGUCAAAUUAUCGUAUCCUUUGUCGUUUCCAAAAGUUAUAGUAUGAGUUGUCUGUUUUAA